CGGCCCGGGCUCUGCCGCCGCCGCCUCCUCGCCUGCGGCCGCCGCCGCCGCUAGUCGCGCAGUCGCGGGCUUGGGCCGGCCGGCGCGCGCGCGCGGGGUCCGCGGGGGGCGGCGGCGUCCCCUCCUCGCCCGGCUCCUCCUGCGGCGCGGCAGGCUGUGCGGACAUGGCCACGGCGGUGGCGGUGGCGGCCGCGUCUCGGCGCCAGUCGUGCUAUCUGUGUGACCUGCCCCGCAUGCCCUGGGCCAUGAUCUGGGACUUCACGGAGCCCGUGUGCCGCGGCUGCGUCAACUACGAGGGCGCCGACCGCGUGGAGUUCGUCAUCGAGACGGCGCGCCAGCUGAAGCGUGCUCACGGCUGCUUCUCCGAGGGCCGCUCCCCGACCGGCGCGCAACCCGCCACUGCCAAGCCACCGCCACUGUCGGCCAAGGACCUACUGCUGCAGCCGCCGCCGCAGCUGGGCCACGCGGGCGCCGAGGCCGCGCGCGCUCAGGCCAUGGAGCGCUACCCGCUAGCGCCGGAUCGGGCCCAGCGCCUGGCCUCCGACUUCGGCACGCGCGCGGGUGCGGGCCUCCCGCAGUCGGCCGCGCCGCAGCCCACGCCGGCGAACGGCAUCCUGGUGCCCAACGGUUUCUCCAAACUGGAGGAGCCGCCCGAGCUGAAUCGCCAGAGCCCGAACCCGCGGCGCGCACACGCCGUGCCGCCCACCCUGGUGCCUCUGGUCAACGGCUCCGCCGCGUUGGGGCUGAGUGGCCGUGCUGCGGCCACACUGGCCGCGGUGAGUGGGACACCGGGCCUGGGCGCCCAGCCCCCGGAGCUGGGCACCCACAAACGGCCGGCGUCGGUGUCCGGUGCGGCGGAGCACGAGGCGCGUGAGCCUAGCAAGGAGAAGGCGCAGCCCGCGCACCGGAGUCCAGCCGACAGCUUAUCCGGCGCGGCUGGUGCUAGUGAGCUCAGCGCCGACGGUGCAGGCAAGGGUCGAGCGCCCGGGGAGCAGGACUGGGCCAGCAGGCCUAAGACGGUGCGCGACACGCUGCUGGCGCUGCACCAGCACGGCCACUCGGGGCCCUUCGAGAGCAAGUUCAAGAAGGAGCCGGCCCUGACUGCAGGCAGGUUGUUGGGUUUCGAGGCCAACGGGGCCAACGGGUCUAAAGCAGUUGCAAGAACAGCAAGGAAAAGGAAGCCUUCUCCCGAACCGGAAGGGGAAGUCGGGCCCCCUAAGAUCAAUGGCGAGGCUCAGCCUUGGCUGUCCACUUCCACAGAAGGGCUGAAGAUCCCCAUCACCCCUACAUCCUCUUUUGUGUCUCCACCACCCCCCACUGCCUCUCCUCAUUCCAACCGGACCACACCGCCUGAAGCGGCUCAGAAUGGCCAGUCCCCCAUGGCAGCCCUGAUUUUAGUAGCAGACAAUGCUGGGGGCAGUCACGCCUCGAAAGAUGCCACCCAGGUUCACUCCACCACCAGGAGGAACAGCAGCAGCCCGCCCUCCCCCUCCUCUAUGAACCAAAGAAGGCUUGGCCCCAGAGAGGUGGGGGGCCAGGCCACCGGCAGCACAGGAGGACUGGAGCCGGUGCACCCUGCCAGCCUCCCAGACUCCUCUCUGGCAGCCAGUGCCCCCCUGUGCUGCACCCUCUGCCACGAGCGGCUGGAGGAUACCCACUUUGUGCAGUGCCCGUCUGUCCCUUCGCACAAGUUCUGUUUCCCUUGCUCCAGACAAAGCAUUAAACAGCAGGGCGCUAGUGGAGAGGUCUAUUGUCCAAGCGGGGAGAAGUGCCCUCUGGUGGGCUCCAAUGUCCCCUGGGCCUUCAUGCAAGGAGAGAUUGCAACCAUCCUCGCCGGAGAUGUGAAAGUGAAAAAGGAGAGAGACUCGUGACUUUCUGCGUUCAGAAAAGCCCACGGUUCCCUUUAACUCAAACUUCUUGAACUGUAUAUAAAUCUCCAUAUAUAUAUAAAUAUAUAUAUCCAAGACAAGGGAAAUGUAGACUUCAUAAACAUGGCUGUAUAAUUUUGAUUUUUUUUUUGAAUACAUUGUGUUUCUAUUUUUUUUU